AGGGGGUAGACCAAAUGACAGCUGGUUUGUUUUCAUCAACAAGGGGGAUCCAGUGUGGACAGUAACGUGACAUGUGAUGAUCCUCCUCCCUUAACUGGCCUGAGAAGAGCGCCAAAAAGGGAAGCAGCUUUUUCUUUCUGCAGACUUCUCCUCACUCCUUCUAUCCAUUCUGGAGUCGCCCGUACAGAAACCGCACCAAACAGCUGAUUGCAGCCACAUCAAAGCAGACGUCGGUUCAGCUGAAGAGGAGGCCGCUCAGCAGGAAAGCGUCAUGGAGCCUCGAGAAGACAGGGAAGGUCGUUCCUUUGUGGAGGUUAUCAAUGAGAAGUACAGCCCAGAAAACUUCCCGUACCGCAGAGGGCCUGGGAUGGGAGUGGUGGUGGUUCCCACUGCAGGUCUCCAGGGUUCCCCCAUGAAGGACCGUCUGAACUUGCCCAGUGUGCUGGUGCUGAACUGUUGUGGGAUCAGCAAAGCAGGAGACCAGGCUGAGAUCGCUGCCUUCUGUGCUCAUGUCAUGGAGCUGGAUCUAUCGCACAACAAUCUUCAAGACUGGCAAGAGAUCAGUAAAAUUGCAUCAAGCAUCCCCAAUCUGGAGUUCCUCAACCUGAGCUCCAACCCGCUGGCAGGAACCAUUCUUGAGCCGCAGUGUGCUGAAGCCUUUUCACGAGUGCGACGCCUGGUUCUCAACAAUACUCAGAUAUCCUGGGAUACAGUGAUGCUACUGACCCAGAACAUUCCUAAACUUGAGGAAUUGUUCCUGUGCCUUAACGAGUACAGUAGUGUGAGUGCCUCCAGCGUGGCCUGCCCCACCCUGCGCCUCCUUCAUAUCACCGACAACAGCCUCCACAAUUGGGCUGAAGUGGGCAAGUUUGGCUCCAUGUUCCCCAGCCUGGACACUCUGAUCAUGGCCAACAACAACUUGGCCUCCAUUCAGGACAACAAGGAUAUUCUGGCACGACUCUUCCCCAACCUGCGCAGGAUCAACCUAAACAACUCAGGUCUCAACCGAUGGGAAGACAUUGAGAAGCUGAACUUCUUUCCAAAGUUAGAUGAGGUGCGACUUCAAGGCAUUCCCUUACUGCAGGCUUACACCAAGGCAGAGCGCCGCAACCUCAUGAUAGCACAGCUUCCCUCAGUAUCCAAUCUAAAUGGCAGUGUUGUGACUGACAGCGAGCGAGAGGAUGCAGAGAGGUUCUUCAUCCGUCACUACCUAGACUGCCCUGAGAAGGAGCUACCGUUCAUAUACCAUUCCCUGGUAACCAAAUACGGCAAGCUGGAGCCGCUCGCUGAGAUCGACCUCAGACCUCGCUGCCGGGCUCAGGUCGAAGUUCAUUGCGAGGAGAAAGUAGAACAGCUGUGCAUCCGUUUGGACCAAACCGUUGCUGAGCUGAAAAAGCAGCUGACAACUGUGGUCCAGCUCUCCACCAACAGUAUGAGGCUUUACUACAUCGACAAGGACAGCGCCUUUGGUCCAGAAGAAUUGAAGUACAAUAACCGAGCUCUCCACUCCUACAGCAUCCAGGAUGGUGAUGAAAUACUGGUAGUGCCCAAGACCAAGUAGAAGCCUUUUGAUUAGAAGCUUGAUAAGAAGGAUUUAGAUGUCUAGGACUAUGUUGAUUGCUUAAUUGUUAUUGCUUGGAAACACUUUUGAAACAGCAAAGGUGGCAUGUCUUUUUGAAUGGAGAGAGGCAGUAAAAGGAUGAACGCCAUCUUGGAGACUGGAAAAAGAAACUACGGUGGGCCGCCGGUUGGCUCUUGCUGAAAGUCCAGAGAUGAUAUAUUUCAGCUUUAUUUAAAGAGAAACUCAAGUGUGUUGACAGAUUUUUCAUGCUAAAGGCUAAGAGAGCAACAUGGAUUCUGCUUGCAGCGUUAGCAGACAGGAGGGCACUGCAGCAAAUCUCAGCUGCUUAUUUAUUACACGGCAUCCACCAAAGCACCUUCACCGACAAAUGCCCAGCACUGCUCGCUUGCCCACCUGUUUUUGACAUAACAAGAACCUGUUGCCACGUGGAGACAGACGGCUGCUCUCAGGUGCACUUUGGCCUUUGAUACUACAGAAAAUCUGCCUAGAUUAAAAUGUCAGACGCAGGAAGGGUGAUGAAACUGGGUCCAAUUCUGAUAGAGGAUGUUAUAGUCAUGUUUUUACAGUCCAUAUGAAAGUACAAGAAGUAUUAAACUGACCACCCCACCAGUAUUGUGUAGCUUAGACUGAUGGUCCACGAUUGGUGCUUUUAUAAAACGAUAAUCGCAGUUACAGUCUAAUUUCCAAACUGAUUUCAAAAUUGAUAUAAGCUAAAUGUAAAAUGUGUUUCCUGUUAGCAAACAAUAAGAAAGUUGAUAGGAAAUGAGUAGAAAGAGCUUAAUUAUACCAAUUCAUCACAACAAACCCUCAGCUGCCAAUAUUAUGUAAAAUCACAUUACACUGAGAUCUGAUAUUUGAUAUCACAAACCUCUGUAUUCACUCACUCAACCACAGGUGUUUAAUGUUUUAUGCUGCCCCCUGCAGGCCUCUUUGUGAGGCAAAACUUGAUGCAUAAACACAACUUGAAUGACAAUCUUUGUGAUCAGCCUUUAUGAUUAGACAAGUGUGUUUGAUUUUAACAGUUCUCAUUUAGUUUUGUAUGUUUAAUAAUUAAAAAGGGAUUCUAUUCAGCAGAUUUAUUUAUCUCUCUACAAACAGUAGAGACUGAGAAAUGUUGGUUUCUCUGAUCAGUAUCAUCAUGUUUUAAACAAUACAUUUCAAUUUUUAUUGCAUAAGCCUGCAACACAUUCCAAAUUAGACAUUUGAAGUAUUUCAGAGUGGAGAUUUUCUGGCAUCUGAAAAUCAACCAGUUUUCUUUAAACAUGUCUUAGAAAGUGCAACAGUAAGGAGUUUUCAUCCUCUUCAAACAUUCAGUUUUAAAUUUCUCCACAGAUUCUCUUUUUUACAUCAGAUCAUAAUCAUAUUUAGGUCAGUCUCUUUUCUUCCUCUGCAUAACUUUGUAAGGCAUGGAGAAUAAUAUUUUACACUGCCUUCUUGAGAAACAUGUGAAUCUCCUAGUGGAAGACCCACAUGUUGUUCUGAAAUCUCUGCUGUACUUUUGUGCAUCAAAGCAGACAUUGUAGAGGUGGAAAUGAGGGCGAGGUAAAAAAUUACAAUAACAAUAAAAAUAACCCUGGCCUUCGGAUGAGAUGUUGAUACUCCUUUUCAUAUUCAGUCUGUGUACAGAAAUGAGCAGUUUAAGCCUGUGCACUGACACCAUAGUCAUUUCAUGAUAUUCUGGACUGUUAAGGGAGAAAUAUGCAAAUUCCAUUUAUAUUAAAGGAAUUUUGAUUUAGUGCCUUGCAAUAUAAUUCACACUUUUACAUAGUUUGCCAAUUUGCAAUUACAGCUUUAGGGGAUUUUGUGUGACAGACCAAACCAAAGUAGUAGACUGGGGAGGAAUAUUUAUUUUAGUUAAUAAAAAUCAUUACACCUCUCAUCCAAAAAGCUUCUUCAGUUCUGAACAAAAGUGGGAAUUGUUGCAUAUAGUUACAGGAAGAACAGUCACACUCAAAGAUGAUCUGAACAGGUCACCUAACCAUGCAACCCAUAUGUGUUUAUUCACAUCUCAAGUUGUGAAUGGUUGCAAAAACUGCCCAAAGAGACAGGACAUUGUAGGCGUUAGAAAGAUGGAACCUGACACCACCACCUCUGUAGCCUGCAAUCUAGGGUAAACAUAGAAAACCAGAAAAGUUACCCUGUCACAGAAGCAGCUUUUACACCAAAUCAUAUCUACAAAAAUCAGAUGACUUCACACAUUUUAAAUCCCAAAUUUUUCUUUCACUUUACAAAGAGCCAUUCAUAGAUUGUCUUUAAAUGUGUUGCAGGCUUGAAAUGCAUAAUAAAUGUCACUGAAUGCAAAAUAUUACAAAUCUCAGCAGAGUACAGUGACUUCAUUGAAGGUUUGCACUUUAUUUUUUGUCUUAUUUACAUCUUUGAAAUGCUGUAUAAGCAGUGCAUAAGCAGAUGCUGAUCUUAGUUGUGGCAUUUAAACACACUUUUGACCUGCCUUGGGGACAUUUAUGUAUUUUACCUUUCCAUCCAUUCUGCACAAAAACACUUUCACCAAACACUGAAUAGUAUCUUAGAGUCAAUAUUAUUACUGUGAUUAAAUUUAUUACAAUGUGGUAUAUAUACAAUAGUUAUUGAUUUUAUGAGAACAUAUCCUUCUUGUAAACAAGAAGCAUUGACCUUAGAAGUUUGGUGCUAAUGAUUUUCCUUUCACAAGCUACUUAGCAGAAUCCCAAAACAUCGUUACAGCUAUGGACAGCUACGUUAAUACUAGGUUACUGCUCAAAGACAAAGCUGAUUUGUUGAGCUUCAAAAUGAAAUAUUCCUUCCUAGUUGCUCCUGGGAGACAAAUCUCUAGAUGUGGUCUAUUAACAAAAAGAUCCAGCUCUCUGUUUAGGGAAUCUGAAUUACAUUUUAACGUCUGAAGUUCAAAAUCUUUCAACUGAUCAACCUUGUGUAAUUUGCUACAUUAUACACCGGUUCUUUAGCACCAAGUUAGAAAUUAUUUUAAUUCUCCAUUCUAUUUGUUAAAGCAAAAAGGGAAAUUUUAAAAGAUUGUUUCUCCAUCAGAGACACAUAAGAUUGAGACAAUAAUAAAACUGCUAUUUUUACCCAGGAUAAACUUGAAUUAAAUUAUUUUACAUUAAUAACAAAUUCUUUAAGAAACUGUUUUAAAUGUUGAGGUCUAAUUUGCUUUGACAUUGAUAUUCUUAGCUCUCCAAGCUAUGGUUAGCUAUGUAUUUUACUUUCCACUUCAAAGCUAGAGAAAACUUUAUAUUUGAGUAAAUUAGGAAUCUCCAUUUUAGAGCUGAUGCUCGAAGGUUUUUCCCUUUUCUAGAGUGUUUGUUCUCCAAAUCUACAGCUAUACUUGAAUAAGUGUUCAUGGAGAAAAAAACAAAGUUGGACCCAUUGAAAUCAAUGUUAGUGUAGCAUGAAUAGCAGCCAUACUAAACAGAACAAAGAGGCAGUAAUGUAGUGCAAGCACCAACCAUCAGGUUUCCAGUACUACUACCUGAAUGUGUCUUAAUCAACAUGAGCUUGUUUGGAAUACUAGAAUGUUGCAUUAAUUUGCAGCGAGGGAUGAUAUAAUGAUAUGCAUGUUAUCUAUUUAUUGAUUGUGCAUUCACAAGGAAAGUGUUUACACCUGCCUAGAUCCGUAGAGUAAUGCACUUCAUGACACUGUGUCUUAAUUUAACAGAGAGCGGAUGAUUUCAAGCCUUUAUGUGGAGAUUUAUCAUUUCUUGAAAUUCUGGUGUAAUGUCUCUUCUGUUGUGAGCUGAAAUUUAGCCUUUUUACAGCCCCUUAAAGUAUCAUACAGAUUUUUUGUAACAAAAAAAAGAUUUGAGUUAUGUUUGUUUGACAUAAGACGUUGGCAUCAAAGUUUUUCAUAUUUAAAAUCCACAAGGCUUAAAAACAACAAAACUCCCACACACAUAGGUCCUUAAUUGCAAACUUUUACCUUUAUUAAGUUCCUCUUUACCUGUCUGUUUAGCUGUUUUGUGCUGCAGUUUUUGCAUAUGUCAGAGUAAAGGAACAAUCAACGUCAAGCAUCAGUUUCCAAAGAAUCCAACUGAGAGGUUUUCAUUUCAAGAACCAUCUUUUAUUAAUUAUUCAGCAGUUCAAGAUGGAGACAUCCACCACACAAACCAAAACCACACCAGCAGUAUCUUCAGUAGAUCAGAAUGCACUUCAACUUUAUUAUUGAUAUCUUUACUUUUUAUUUUAAAUAUGUGUCUUUCAUGUUUUUUGCACAUUGAUGUACUGUAACUUAAAACAUUGUAACAAAUUUUGUUCAAUAUUUGAAAAAAAAAAAAAUCCUUAUCUGCCUUUUUUUGCCGAGAAUAACAUGGGGUGAUUAAACCACAUAUAUUUCUACACACUUGAGAUUGUUAGCUUAGCUUAGCAAAAAAAAAAAAAGAGUGGUGAAAUGAGUCAAAUAGGAAAGAAUACACCUGUAUGUUCUUCUGACUCUGUUAAACCCUGAUCUUAGUGCACAGUUAUAUAUAAGUAGAGGCUAUUGUUUCUAACGUCUAUGCUCCCCUUUUGCAGGAUUUUGUGCAAAGCGAAGCUAGUUAGGUGCCUCUGCUUCCUUACAUUAACGUUAAGACCUAAUUGUGGUGUUGAAUUUCAGAUUUUUACCCACCUAGUUGAAACCAACAUAAUAUCCUAAAAUCAGUCGUAUCUUAAAAUAUUAUGUGGUAAAGGAAUUCACAAUGAGUGUUAGAAAAAAUGCUAAUAAAGCCUAUGGAGAGCACAAAAUGGUGGUAAUGUCAUUUAAGUAGUCGGGUACCAGCCCACUAAUGUUGGAUUCUGUUUAGUUCUGGAAGUAAGAAAUCUCGAAUUUAGAGUCUGAAAGAUCAGCUAGAGGUGCCUUAACAACCCUGACCUCCAAAUCCAAUAUGGCUGCCACAUGUAAAGUGAUAGCUUCAGUAAAAUUGUUGAGUUAAACAGUUUAUUAAUUGAUAUUCCUGUUAGUUUUUUUGUUCUCUUAGCAAAACUAGCAAAUCACUUUCUUUUUUUUUUACUUGCACAAUGAAUCCUUCCAAACUAGUCAGGAUUUUAGGAUCUGCCUGACGCACGAGUGCAGGAGCUUUCUUUAAACCAGUGAUGUCUAGAGUCAAAGGAAUACUGCCAGCAUGUUUUACAUCUUUCCAUCACACACCUGAAUCAAUUGAAUGAUUCAUUAGCAGAACAACUUCAGAACUCAACAACGCUCUGAGAAGCUAAUUGUCGGUGCAGAAAUUCAUCUAAAAAAUGCAAGACACUGGCCCUUGAGUACUGGAGUUGGACAUUCCUGGUUUAAGGUUGCACUGUUCUGGUAAAUUGAUGUUUUCUGCUAACGCGCAUUCAGUAUGGGCAUUCAAGAGUUCUGCAAAAUAUGGAGGGCCAAACUGUCCAAAUUAUAUAAAAAUAAUUUAUUAAAUCAAUAUUUUGCAUCUCAGAGUCUAAAUCAUGGAUGGAUUUAGAUCCAUGAUUUAAUUUUACAAAUCUCAUUUGUAAAAUUAAAUGGCAGUACAGUUGUAAUGAAGAAGGUUGUGGGUUUGACUCCGGGCUUGGGGUCUUUCUGCAUUAAGUUUCUACCUAUGUAUUCAUGGGUUAACUCCUGAUUCCGUCUUCCUCCCAGUCUAAAAACAUGCAUGUUAGGUUAAUUGGUCUUUCUGAAAUGCCCUUAGGAAGGAGUGUAUGUUUGCAUGGUUGCCUGUCCUGUUUUUCUCCUUGUUGCCCUUAUGACCUGUCCAAGGAGUACCUUGUGUCAUACCUAAUAACAACCGGAGUUAGGAACCAACCGCCCACAACCCUGUAAAAAUAAGUUGGUAUAGACUGAUAAAUGCCUUGCAGAACACCAUGACUACUUUGGUAAAUAGACCCCAACUUUAAUGGCUAACCUGCCGAGCAGGUUCACUUCAGGUCACAUUAUUUGAACAAUAGAACUACUACUUUCACUUACUGAUUGACCUUCUUUGUUUUUAAGUGCCAAAAAUUAUUUAAUCAAGUAAUGUAAGUCAAAUAAUUAUAAAUGGAUUAAUUAUGUGUUUAUUAAUUAUGUGUAACUGUUAAUUAGUACGUAACAAAAUAUGCAUAAGAAUAUUUUAUUUACAAGUACUUGUUUUUAUUAACUUGUAAACUAUUCAUUUCAUAACCUAGUUGCAGUAUGUCAGCUUUCCUCACCUGGCUCAAUGGGUGGGAUUACCAGUGCUAUAACUAAAAGUGAUUGGGCUGAAUUUGACUUGCUGAGCAGGUAAACCAAUCAGAUGUUAGUCUGUUUGAUGGGCCCCAGAGAAAACCUAAAGAAUUUCAAAAUGUUUUCCAGCACAAGAACUAUAAGAAGGUCAAAUUACAGAAAGAAUUAGUUAAGAAAUUCAACCCAUAAUAAAAAUUUAUUUCAUUUGAUUAUCAUAUUUAACUAUUUAAUAAUUUAAUAACUAUUGUAUAGUUAAUAAAUUUGCAACGACAUAAAUGUGGAUAAGAUUCACAGUAAUCAUGCAGGAACUGGGCAGAGAGAAGAGGGGAAAACAUGCAGCUAAAUUCCCAAGGUCAGAAAUUGAACAUUGGACAACUUCAUCAAGGACCAAAAACUUCCAUGUGUGAGCUGCCAACUCUAUGGCACACAAUGUGUAUAUUAAGUGCAUUUGUCUGCAAUUGGAAAAAAAUACAAAAUUUAAUCUACAUAAUUUUUCAUUUAUUUGAUUGUGAUACAUUUGGACCUCCAUAGGUAUUAUCUUUUCAGAUUUUCAAUAUAUACUGUUAAACAUCUUGCAGCCUUUGUAUGAUACAUUAUGCCACUAAUUAAUUUACUAAACCAGUACUUGCUUCUGUGGAUUCAUCAACAAGCACACUUCAUAAUAUGCCUGUUUUGCUUAUAUUUCCCUACAUUUAUAGGAAUCAAAUGAGAUAUUUCUGCAGGUUAUACACACCAGUAUUUAAGUUAAUCAUUUCACACAGUCUCAUCUGUGGCAAUUAAAUCAUGAUUUUGCUUUCUAUGGGUUUCCAAGAACCCAUAAAAAGUCUUUUUGUUUUUUAAAGAUUAGAGUGAGUCAUCUUUCUUGGGAUGAAAGAUGCGUCACUGAAUGUUAAUAAAUGGCCGUCUCCCUCCUCUGUUGUCUGAUGCUGUUUCAUUCACAGUAGCAGUUUUGGACCCAGGCCCACUGUUUGGAAGAUGUUCAGUAUUAUAGCUCAGCAGAGGGAGUGCAAAGCUCAGCAUCCAUUACUCAUUCGUGUUGAUGCAGAGAGCCUGUCACUUCUUGCUUUAAUGCUGCAGCUAAGGAAAUAAACUGAUAAAGUAUAGCAUUGUAACUGAAGUGGAAAUCACUGAUGGUCUCUUGAUCGUGGCAUGGUUAUUAGUGGACAUGAUAUAUUAGGCAGCAACCAAGUAUUUUACCUUUGAAGACCAAGAACAGCAAAAUGAGGUUUUGAGAUGAUUUGACAAGAGCCAAUAUGGGAUGGCUAGACGACCUUGCUUAUCUGGAAAUGGAAAGGCACUAGGAUCUACAAUGAGAAGAAGGCAAUGCUUUGGUCAAUAUUCUUCUGGAAAACUUUAGGAUACUGUUGUUCAUAUGAAUGUUACUUUGACAUAUCCUAAGCAUUGUUAUGCCUUUUUAUGGAAAAGCUAUUCUCUGAUGUGGGUGGUCUCUCUCUCUCUCUCUUUCUCUCUCUCUCUCUCUCUCUCUCCCUCUCUCUCUCUCUCUCUCUCUCUCUUUCUCUUUCUCAGCAGGAUAAUGCAUCCUACCAUAAAAUAGAAAAUGGUUUAGGAAUUGUUUCAGGAGCACAACAAAGACUUUGAUGUGUUGACUUGGCCUUUAAUUUCCCCAGAUCAAAGUCUAAUCAAGAGUUUGUUAGAUAUCCAUUUCUCAGGCAGCCCACAUCAUUUGGAGAAUCAAAUUUUGUCAAAAAAUAGUAAAAUCACAUAUCUUUGACAUGACC